UCCACCUGUUCCGUCAUUACAGGGGUAAAAAAAAAAAGGGAAAUCAGUGGAAAUACUGCCUUUGCUGUGUAACCACGGCAACUCCUCCCUCAAAAUGCAACAUCACCAAAGCCCCCACCGCGUGAAGCGAGCAGGGAAGGAUGCGCCGUUUGCCGCUUACCUGGCUUUAUUAAUAAACCGAGCGGUUCACGUGGUCAGCGCAGCCCAGCACAAUAUUCUGCUACAUUAGCAAGGUAUUUUCGAUCGGGUGUUUUUUUUUCUUCCUCCUCUCAUCCGAGACGGGAGGGAUGCUGCUGCUGCUGCUGCUGCUGCUGUGAGGGAGAGAGGUGAGCGCAGUUGGAAAAGCAUUUUUUUCCUCCUCUCCAAAGCUCCUCCUCUGUCGUCGGAUAGCGGAGACCGGUCACAUUUUUUGCUCAAUGAGAGCAAGAGGGCACCGGAGAGGAUUUCCUAAUUUCAACGUGCUGCUGUGCCGUGCGGCUGUUUUCUCGCCUCUGUCAAAGAGGCUAAUAUGAAGACAUCAUUUGGCAAACCAGACCCCGGAAAGCACCCACAGUCCUUUCAACUGAUUUGAAACUGAAAACAAGCACCAUGCAGUGUCUCCGGUAAAACCUGCUCCCCACUCUCCCCUCUACCUACCCAGCCAUUGAGAGUGAGGACACCACGAGCUGCACAGACAUGGGUUCAGAUCAGCCCUGCAUGGAUUCACCAGAGAGAAGGCCCAUGGUGGGUGCUGCCUGUAAGCGGCAGGCCCACCGGUGUCUGCGGAGAAAGCUGAGGCCCGUGCGAAUCUUAGGGUUCGUCCUCAGCCUGGUGGCCAUAAGUGCUGUCUCCCUCAGUGCCUUGACCUGGAGCUCAGGGGGCAUCAGCGAGCCAGUGCUCCCCCAGGAGAGUCUCCACCAGUCGGCCCCCCACCGGACUCUACUUUUCACCCAACACCAGAGGGACCCUAACGUGUCAGCCGACAUGCCAAUAGCCAUGAAAUCUACAGCAGAUAGCAACGACAGCCAGGGGGAGUACCCGCCAGACAUUUUCACCCUUGAGGAGAGGCGCCAAGGAGCAGUGCUCCUCCACAUGUUUGGCAUGAUCUACAUGUUCAUUGCCUUAGCCAUAGUGUGCGACGAGUUCUUCGUCCCAGCGCUGACUGUCAUCACGGAGAAGCUGUCCAUUUCGGAUGACGUAGCGGGUGCCACCUUCAUGGCGGCAGGCGGCUCAGCCCCAGAGCUCUUCACCUCCAUCAUCGGUGUCUUCAUCUCACACAGCAACGUGGGCAUCGGGACCAUCGUGGGCUCGGCCGUCUUCAACAUCCUCUUCGUGAUUGGGAUGUGUGCCAUCUUCUCCAAGGAGAUCCUCAACCUAACAUGGUGGCCGCUCUUCCGCGACGUCUCCUUCUACAUCCUGGAUCUGAUCAUGCUCAUAAUCUUCUUCCUGGAUAACUUCAUCUCCGUGUGGGAAAGUGCCGCCCUGCUCUCAGCCUACGCCACCUACGUGAUCUUCAUGAAGUGCAACAGCAAAGUCGAGAGCUUCGUCAAAAAUUGCAUGAGCAAGAACCAAGUGGUAGAAGUAGAAGUACAACCCAAGGAUGAGAAGGCAAGUCCUGGGGCGCCGGAGGAUGACGGCAAGUUGUCGGCCAGGCCUCGGCUUCAGAGGGGGGGUAGCUCCGCCUCCCUGCACAACAGCUUGAUGAGGAACAGCAUUUUCCAGCUGAUGAUUCACACGUUGGACCCUUUAAGUGAAGAAUUUGCUGACUCUGAGCUUGGGACUUAUGGGAAACUAAAAUAUUAUCACUCAAUGACUGAGGAAGGGAAAUUCCGAGAGAAGGCAUCCAUCCUUCACAAGAUCGCUAAAAAGAAAUGCCAAGUGGAGGACAGCGAGAAGGCCAAUGGAGUGGCAAGCCGUUCAGAUAAGAACCUUCCAAACAGCUCCAGCGUGGAAGUGGAAGUGACACCACCCAUGAACGGAACAGCAGGUCAAGAGGGGGAGACGGCGGAGGAUGAGGAGGAGGAGGACCAGCCUCUGAGCCUGUCCUGGCCCGAGUCCAACCGCAAGCGCUUCACCUACCUCUUAAUCAUGCCUAUUGUCCUUCCCCUGUGGCUGACGCUGCCUGACGUCAGAAAGACGGCGUCAAAAAAGUUCUUCCCCAUCACCUUCCUGGGUGCCAUCGCCUGGAUUGCGGGCUUCUCCUACCUAAUGGUGUGGUGGGCUCACCAGGUUGGAGAGACCAUUGGGAUUACAGAGGAGAUUAUGGGCCUGACUAUAUUAGCAGCUGGAACCUCCAUCCCUGACCUCAUCACCAGUGUUAUUGUGGCACGCAAGGGGCUGGGGGAUAUGGCUGUAUCCAGCUCCGUAGGCUCCAACAUCUUCGACAUUACUGUUGGACUGCCGUUCCCCUGGCUCUUGUGGUCCCUUUUCAGGAACCUGCAACCAGUGCAAGUCAGCUCCAAUGGUCUCUUCUGUGCCAUUGUGCUCCUCUUCAUCAUGCUCCUCUUCGUCAUCAUCUCCAUCGCCGCCUGCAAGUGGCGCAUGAGCAAGCUGCUGGGCUUCAUCAUGUUCAUGCUGUAUUUCGUCUUCCUGGUGGUCAGCGUCAUGCUGGAGGACAAGGUCAUAACCUGCCCGGUGUCCGUCUGAGGACCUUCGAGGACCCACUUCCAAAUCCCUCAUCACCACCACAACCACCACCACCAACACGACCAUCCUUCUUGUCUGCCAUCGCUCUCACCUGACCCUUGUGAUCCUUUACCCUAGGAAUAAAAGAAGAAGAAGGACGACUGGACAAGAAAAUAUAAAAAAUAUGAAAAAAUAUGGGCUCUACAUAUUUUUAGUUAAUAGGUGGUGGCAGGGAGGGGUGAAACCAACAAGGGCACAAGACUUUGGCUUGGCUGGUUUAGCAUAGGCCUAACCUGAGUGGAUUUUUAUUUAUUAUUAUAAUUAUUAUUAUUUAAUUGGCAGGUGGGGGGGGAGUUUAUAGGUGUAUCAGCCAAAUAUAGAAGCAUUAUACAUGCCAUUAGUGUCACUAGACAAGCUGGAAUCAAGACCACGCCUGGUAGGUUGAGGAGAAUGACCUCCUGUGAACUUUGGGGAAGAAAACAAGAGAUGCACUGUAUAAAACUCUUGAUAAUAAAUGCAGUGGCUGAGCUGAAAUUAUGAGAAUAUUUGAACACAAAAGACGCUGUAGCCAAGAGUGAAUAGGAGUUUGUGGAUGAGGAAAUGGCAGACUGUGUGGGUGAAAUGUGUUUCCCGUCUGAAGGUAUCGAGCGAAAAGACUCUGAGCAACCUGAGCAACAAGGGAUGAAACACUCUUGCCGGGCAGACGAACUUCUUCUUUGUUAUUUCUUAUUUGCAAAUUCAUCACGCGCUCAGUCUGAAUGACGAGUUUAAGCUUCCCCUCUCCCCUGCCGGAUGUCAUUUUUCACCACUGAAUGUUUCUUCAGAGGAUUUUUUUUUUUUUUUUAAAUGUUUGGAUUCAUUUUCAUGAAAUACAUAGAUGUAGCCUUAGAUGUACUGUAGCAUUAUUAGUUCAUGUAGAGCCAUCUCGACAAUCUGCUCCUCUUUUACCAAUGAACACACGUUCUGAUUGUACAGAACUUUUCAUGCUUCACACGCACCGACUGACAAAGGCAAGAGAAAAAUAAAAAGCCUAACUGAAGUUUAGCCUCUCAAAAUAUACGCUAGCCUUCGAUAUCUUUCACUGGUUGGGGAAAAAAAGGCAUGAGUACUUUAGGCUCAUUAAAGUUCCGUAAUGAAGUCAAUGUCAAAAUAAUGCAUUUGAAAAAAUAACUUAACAGUGUUUAAGCGUCAUGGUUGAUUUAGAUUAGUCAAUGUGUAGUGCUUUGUUCACAGUAGAACUGGGCUCAACUCACCGGCUAGUCAAGCUCCUGGGGUCGUAGUUUCAAAGAGUCAACUGCAUGUAAAAAAUAGACACUUGGAGGUGAAUAAUACCAAUCGACAUUUAAGAAGUUGUAUACCAAAAUGUACACUUUUUCAAACAUGUUUCAUAACUUCUUAAUGCAAACCAGUGCUCAGUCUCUAUGUAGAAAGUGUCAACAUGUAUGGUCAAUGAUAUCUAUCAAACUUGUGCAAUUUCUUUUCUAAUCAAAGGUGCUUUUGUGUGCAUGUGUGCAAUCUGCAUUUGAAGUCAUCACACAAUGACCAUUCCUUAUAUUUAUCUAUGACUAGAGGUUAUACUACCAGUAUUUUGCAACUAAUUGCAAAAAAGAAAAAAAAAAAAAAAAAAAAAAAAUUAUACACCAAACUGUGUUUUAUACUGGAGAUAGAAAUCAUAAUCACGACUUCUCCUUAAGCUACAUAGAAUGUGGAAAUCACAAAUUUAACAGCAAUAUACCGUGUGUGUCGUCGUCGAGAAUCGCAUCCCUCUCCAUACGUCUGUCCCUCGCUGUCCUUCCUGUCCGACAUGCCCCCCCCCGCACCCCCGCACCCCACAAGAAAAGAAGUGGGUGACCAUUUCUCCGUAACCCCUUCCUGUUAGAGCUGGCCAGAAACACCCGCUUUACCUCAACACAGCCUCUGUACAGCAGCGUAGUAACUGUAAAAUAAUAGUAAAUAGAUUCUCUGAAUGUGUGAGGAAAAAUGCAUGCGAGGAUUAUGGGCUGGUUACCCACUGACUGUACAGCUGAGCUUAGACCAACUAUAUAUGUUCACUUUUAUGCAUCCAUUCAGAAAAACAAACACCAAGAAUUUAUAGGUUUUACUUUGUAAAUAUACACUCCUUUUUUGCAAGAACCAAAUGGUUCACACAUGUAUUUUAUUUAUUUUCUUUUUUUGUAAAAGUGGAUGGGAAUAAUGAUGAUACGCUGAAGGCCCCUUAGUAUCAUAGUAUUAUUGAGCAAAAAGAAAACUCAAGAGCAUUUAUUUUUAGACGACUCAACAUCUCGUUAGCAUACUUUACUCUGUAAACGGGCCCGUUCAGGUUCUGGUAAGAAAAUGAGGGUUUUAAACACCACAUUGUUUCUUUGACUUCAACAAGAGAAGGAGUUAUUGAUGCUGCCACUAUGUUUUCUGACGUUUGGCAAAGAUUGCUAAUGCACAGGUCAAAGAAAACGACGAUCCCCGCAUCAACCAAACUCAUAUGUUAAACUGUAACUGUGCGGUGUGCUCGCAUGUAGUACAUCUCCUUGAACAUUUCCACAACCCAGAGAUUCAAAGAGUCAAUUUAAAACCUCUGUGAUGACUCAUGUACUUUGUGAAAUGCUCCUGCACACAUUUGCCAUUAAGCUCUUCCCUCAGAGCGCCCACACACUCUCAUUAACAUGAUCACACCUCACCUCUGGCUUCUACUCGCACCUCUCUGGGAAAUGCACCUUUUUUUUUUUUGCUUUCUUGCUGAGAGUUAGAUGACAGUAUGGUUGCCACACAUUCAUGUCAGUGCAGUAAAAAGGAAGCUAGAGCUAGCGUCUGGUUAGCUUAUCAUAGUAGGCUACAAAACUGGAAACUAACGUUAGCUAGCCUGGCUCUAUGUGACGGAAACAAAAUCCCCUCUAAAGCUCACUAAUAAACAGGUUUUAUCUAGUUUCUUUAAUCCAUUCAAAACAAGAAAUGACAUGGUUUACAUGGGGUUAUGUGCAAGCCAAGGAGGCCAAGCUACUUGUUUCCCCUGUUUCCAGUGUGUGCAAUUUAUGCUAAGCAAGCUAGCAGGUGGGUAACGAAUACAGGACAUGCAAAGGCAUAGUAAGAGAGGAAAAAGAUGAGGCCUUUGGGAAUAUUGAGAUUUUCCUUGGACCAAAAAAACCUCUAUAUGACUAAAAUGACAAUAUAUUAACAACCAUCCACCAAGAAAUUAACUUACGUGGCCUCCACCAUUUUGAAUCGUUAGCAUGUACGUCACAGCUCAUGGACUCUGAGCUUGCAGAAAAUAUACUCUCCCAAAGAUUGUGAAUACCACAAGAGGGGAGCGAUGGACUUCUCUUGUGAACACGGCAAAACUCUUGGCAAGAAAAUUACUACGACUAUUUCCCAAAAUGUCUAACUAUUGCUUUAGCAGGUCGAGGUAUAAUUUUCUACCACAGUGGUCACGUGUUCAUACAGAACCUCUGCACUUUCAUUCUGAAAAACCUUCCUGUCAAGACCUUUUUUUUGUUCCUAUGGUGUUUUUAUGUGAGAGUGUGGAUGGUGAGAAAUAAAAAAAAUAAAAAAUGAACGGAAAAAAUCAAAAGGCAAAGCGGUUUAACAUGUGAGCUUGGCAUCAACAAUUGUGGUUUACCAGGGUAAGCAACCGUAAAAGUUGACUACUAAUGAACAUUAUUGCACUGUAAAUGUUUAUUUUCUUGGUGUUGAUGUAAGAUUUAUUUAAGGUGUACAUAUAUACAGAUACAAAUUAACCAUAUAAUCUAUAUGUGUAAAAGAAAUAUGUCUCUUUAUGUAAAAACACAAAGUAUAUAAUAAAACAAAU